UCUGGUUGAUUAGACGAGAAGCUUCUAAGCCCUACAGAUAAAUCAACUCUCACGAUGCGUGUAUAUAAAAAGAUACGAUCCAACCAAGAAUGGCGAGAGAAUAAAAAGAAACAAAAAAAAAACAUAAAUCGCCUUUAUCCCAUCAUCUAUUCUCCUCAAAAUUAAUCUUUCGCAAAGAAUCUCGCCACGGCUUUUCAACAUGACCACUUUCGGCAGCGAAACUACGGCGGAGGAGGUUGUCUCAGCCUUCUCCUCCAACAUCAAAGGCCGCACGUUCCUCAUCACCGGUACCAGCACCAACGGUCUGGGCGCCUACACGGCCACUUGUCUGGCUCGCGCCUCGCCCGAAGCACUGAUCCUCGUUGCCCGUUCGGAAGCCAAGGUGGCGCCGGUCAUGGAGGAAAUCGCCUCCAUCGACCCCUCCAUCCGCGCCAUCUUUGUCCCAGUGGACCUUACAAACCAGGAGAGCGUUCGAGCUGCGGCUGCCGCGAUUCUUGAGGACCGCAAAAUCUCAAAGAUUGACAUCGUGAUCAACUGCGCCGGCAUCAUGUUUGUGGAGAAAUUUACCACCGACGACACGGGGAACGAGCUGCAGUUCAGCGCCAACCACAUUGGACACUUCCUCCUCACCAACCUGCUGAUGCCCAAGAUCCUCGGCGCUGGUGAGGGUGCUCGCAUCGUUAACAUUACCAGCCACGGACAUCAGCUAUCCGACGUCUGGUGGACCGACCCGACCUUUGGCAAUGGCAAGGAUUACCACGGAUGGAGCGGGUAUGGGCAAUCCAAGACUGCAAACAUCCUGUUCACCGUCGAGUUGGCUCGUAGACUGAAGGAUCGCGGUAUCGUGUCUCUGGCUGUUCACCCCGGAACCAUUGCAGGCACUGGCCUCUUCCAACACGUCCCGGAGGAAAAGCUCGAGGAGGGUGAUGCAAUCUCGAAAAGAAACACGGGGCUUCCGUUUACCCUCGACCUCCCAUACAAGAACUCGUCCCAGGGCUGCUCGUCCGGGCUUGCGGCUGCCCUGGACCCCGAGCUCGCGGCCCACAGCGGGUCGUACAUACAGAACUGCAAGGUGGGGACGCCGCGAGAGUAUGCACUUGAUGGCGAGAAGGCGAAGAGGCUAUGGAUCAUGACGGAGAAACUGGUGGGGCAGAGUUUCGACUUGUAAGUUUACGAUCGAGGCAAUUGGACGUCUGAGGUAGCCGGGGUAGAUGACUAGGGAGAAGCUUUCGAGUCCGAGAUGGAUAAUAAAUUGGCUGCUGCUAAUUAGUUCACAGGUAAAGCUAGCCAGCCAGUAGUGAUGUUGUUCUUUAAUGUGUACCAGGCGCUCACUCUCGUGCGCCCUCCACCUCUGCUGUUCUAACUUUAACCCAUUUGGCGGACAUAUCGACAAGCCGGGACCUUACAGGCAGCAUCAAUAUGCUGUAGGACUAAAAGACUCAAUGGACGAAUCUACAAUAAGGGGGACGGCAAAACAUAUCAAUCCCCCUCGACGAAAAGUGCAGACUUUCAGUCAAGGACAACGUGUAGGCUGGUAAGUUUAGUAUCAAAAAUGUUAAAGCGCUACGGGAAGACGGAGAAAAGUCCUGGCGAUGAGUGACGACUCUCGGGCAUGAUAGACUGGCUUCACAGCAGCCUGCGGCUUAAUUAAACUUUGAUGAGGGCUGUUCAACGUACGCCAUUACUUGGGCUAUUUAAUAUUAAAAAUCGCUGUGGAGAGAGGACAAAGGGGCUUCUUACUGGCUUUGCAAAGC